UGGGAGUUGGCCCGCCACACAAAAAAUACGACUACCGAACAGAGCACUACUGCUUCCGUCAGUCGCUGCUUCGACUCCGACCCAACAGGAGCUCCAAGGAAAAAGAGAGAGCGAGUUUAGCUUUCACUUGGGUUUUUUCUUCUUCUUCUCGAAAGAAAAAAAAGGAAUUUCCAAAUACAUCAGAUCAUCAGAGUGUGUCCCUCUCACCUACAGUUAUUAACAGUUUUUAGCCGUGCAAAGUGCGAGUGGAAAAAUCAUUGGACAAAUCCGGAAACCAGACUGAGAGACCGGACGGUCUCUGAUUAAACACACGGAAAAAGAUGUGGCAGCACCCAAGGUUAGCCUGGGUCUUGGUGGGGGCGGCCCUGCUGUGUUUCAUCGCGACUGCAAGAGGAGUGGAAGGCACCGAUCAUAACAGACGUCAAGCCCCCAGAUGGAGAUGGCCGGAUGAAGCUCCAUCUCGGGUAGGCGCUGGUCGCUUGAUACCCGUCGGACGGCCAGCCGCUGCCCAAUUGCAAUUGCAGCCCGUAGCCCCGCAACACUCGCAGUUGACGGGCAAAUUUACCCCGAUCGAAAAUCUACCCAGAACGAGACCGUUGGAUACCAAGAAACCCGAAGCAGCCAUUGUGGCAUCGUCACUUCCUCCCGUUCCAGCCAAGGAGCCGGUGGAAGUGGUUAAGAUAACGAGCAAUGCCGACAUCGAUCCACCAGCCAGCGCCAGCGUCAAAAAUGCUUCAGCUGUUCCUUUGCUCAAGGAUGCCGGCAAGCCGGGAAACCCGUACAUCUUGCUGAACGAUAUUUUCCCACCGCAAAACAGCAUCCGCACUAGAGAACAGGAAGAGGCUAAUUUCAAUUCACUGCACAACAAAGAUCUGGGCGGACUUGACCCAAGCGAGGUCUACCUGGCCGACGACGAUCUCUUCGUCGUCAGAGGAUUCGAUUUCAAGAAACCCUAUUCGGCCGAUCCUCCAGGACCGCCAAUCAGCGACUACCAGGCCCCGGCACCUUUGCCACCUCCACCCCCAGAGCCCGGCACCGUUUUCUAUCCGAGCAACGAAACGGACGCCACUUUCAACUUUUUCAAUCCAGAUUUCAACAGCAAGGAUCCGAGCGAUUUGCCAUUCUUCCCAUUCGUUCCAGGCGGUUUGAACGAGAACCACGGGCAGCAACCGAAUUUCCCAGAUGAUCCCAAUUUCCUUCCUUUCCCUUUCUUGCCGCCGCCUCCUCCGCACUGGACAGAAGAAAAGGAAUUUGAUGAAAACGAUAUUCGUGAUCCGUUCCAGUCUGGUGGCCCAGUUGGUGGUAAUUUCCCUUUCGCUCAAGGUGCACCUCCACCCGGACAAGGUUUCGCACUAUUUAACGGCACACAAGGGCCACCUCCGCCAUCCGGAUUGAACGGUUUCCCAGGUCUCGGUGGUCUUCCACCAUUUCAAGGUGCUGGCAAUCCUCAAGCUGGGCCACCACCAGGAGGCCUACAAAGACCACCUGGAUUCCCUCCUGGAGGAUCUGGAGGUUUCCCGCCCAGCAGCCAAGGAGGAGCUCCUCCACCCCCACCGACAAGUGGCCCCAAUGCCAACGUCACGCUCGUAGAUGAAGACGAAGACGUGCCAUUCACGCCACUGUUCCCUGAACGGCCCGUCGAAUUCUACUAUCCCACGCACAACACCACAGCCCAAGAGCCAGGGCCGUUCGGUCCGGGUAUUUUCGUUCCACCGCCACUCCACUUUUUCGCCCCACGCAACAAAUCUGAGAAAAUCAAUGUGGACAUUUCCCCAAAACUCUUCCUUCCGCCUUUCAAUCUUCCCAAUUAUUAUCAAAAAGUGUCCGGGCCGGCUGCCCGCCCGCUGUCGCCACGACCGCAGCAACCCCCUCCAGGACACUUGCCGACGAGCCAACAUGAUGGAUUCUUUGGUUUCAAUCAACAAAAAGUGCCAGCUUACAAACCAAUUCAACCCAAUCCCUUCGCCAAUAAUCCCACGAAUGCUUACGAGCAAAAACCUUCCGGAUUGCCGGCCAACGUCCAAUACGCGCCAGUGAAAACUGUUCUUCUCGACACGAAUUACAAAGAAGUCAGCAAACUGCCGCAGCUGCCGCAGCAUCAGCCGUUCGGGUACAGCUACCAUCAGGGCCACCCGCCGUUCCACACGCCACUUGAUCCGUCGGCGUACGGCCCAGGAGCUCAAACUCCUACUUCUCAACCUGCCCAACCCAACUACAACAUUCCCAGCCAACAACAUCCUCUUUAUUUGCCAACAAAAGGGACCACAGGGGUCAGCUUGGAAAGCGACAUCGACGUCAACUACAGACCACAGAGGCCGGCCAUCAACCCCGACAGUGAGCUCAUCGAUCCGGAACUACUCAACCCGAAACCCACGUACACGAAUCCAAACCCGACGCAGAAUUGGAACCCAUACACGGCCGUGUAUGGCCACCAAGUUCAACCCGCGAAAUACGAAUCACUGAGCCAACCGACGGCCCAGCAGCCGACGGUUGCGGCCAGCAGUAGGGAAAAGCCAGCGAAUUUCGUCGCCGUCUAUCGUAUCGGCGGAGGUAGCUACUCGUACAAUCUAGGCGGAGGAAGAUGAAAAUCAUCCACUCAUUUUUUGAAUUUGGCAAUACAUUUCAAUCGAAUGUUUCUUGUGUGUGUCUCAUCUUUUAUCAUUUGCUUUUAUGCCUUAAAAUGUUUGCUCGCUCCACUGUUGUACAGUCAUUCUUCGUGUAUGCAAUUUCGAACGAGAAACAAUUAAUCGAAAUAAAGGGCGAUCUGUUGGAA